GGUCAAAUAUUAGACAAAAUCGUUAUCGAUAUUUCAAAGAAAGACUUUAUAAUUGGUUUAUUAUAUAUAGCCGUCUCUCGUAUUCGCACCCUCGAAGGUAUUAUAUUCAACGAAAGCUUCGAAAUAUAUAUUUUACGUAUUAGAAACACCAUGAUUUAUACCUACAAAGCUAUAGAUAUUUGCAAACGUAUACCUUAA